AGCCAAGCUGCCGUCAACAAUGGCCAAGAGAGCGCCGACUGGGAAUCUCCGCGACGACGCGGCCCCGCGACCUCCUUCCGACCCUUUGCACCCACCCUUAAGCAAUGGCAAUCGAUCGAUGACCAUCCGCGGUCUCCAGGAGAACCUGGCCUUGGAGGCCCCUGAGCCUCCAAGGAAGAGGUUACGACUGUCUGGCCACACGUGGAAAUCGGCCGAUGACAUUCCCCCAUGGGUGAACUCCAUCCUGGAGACCUGUCUUGUCGACCAGGUGUUCCCCCACAUCGACGCCGAAAUAUCAAAGUUGCCUUGCGACACGGUUGACGGGCACAAGCUGGCAACAGAGGUUAUUGGCGCGAUCACCGGGGACGACUUCACUGCGGAGUUCAAACGGUGUGACGGGCGGAUAUCCACUGAAUUCGAGAGAAACCUCGCGGAGCGCGUGCGGAGACUGGUUUUGAACUGGUCGAGGCUUCCGGGCUUCCAACAUAGGCCGCCUGCGCCUCCACCCCCUUCUCGAAGGGCAGAAACGGAUCGAAGACCUUCUGAGACUCGCGUCCCACUACCAAAGCUCUCGCAAAAAGGUCAUGUCGAGACAAGACAAGCCACCCGACCAGCUUCGAGCCAUCCGGCUUCCCAGCCGACGGCAAAUGGGCGGGUCACGCCAAACCGCCUAUCUCCAAUCCUCAUCUCGUCACCCACAACACCCACACCUAUCCUGAUCUCGUCGUCCACACCUAGUCCAGAACCGCCAAACGGCGAUGCUCAUACUGCGACACGUCGAGCUAUAAUUUCCAGAGACACCGGCCCAAAGCCGCACGCGGUUGCGGGGCUGUACGUUGAGCUUCAGCCAGAUACCGCUUCAGAAGAUGAGAGUGGAGACUCAGAAGAUGAGAGCGGAUCCGUUGAAGGACCACGGUCCGCGCCAUCUAUGUCACCACGAACACCGCCCCCGACCAUGCGAAGCCGGAAGCCACGGCCCCAGCACAGCGCAACUUCCCCCAAGAACUUCCGGUCAAGGGCGCAUGCUCUGGCAUGGCGGGAGGACGUACAUGGCGGAAACAAAAGCUUGGAGAGGGAUACACGAACGUCUGACCGACCUCGAUGGUUCUCUCUGGAUCGGCGGCCUUACCUUCGGGGGUCUGAUAGAAGGGAUAUAUGUCAGGGGGCUCGCCAGUUCGUCAGACUCGAUCCGUCUGCCCUUCGCGAGCCACUCGUCUUCCACGUUGAUUUCACAGCUGAAGAAAAGCAGUGCAUACACCAGGCUGCCCGGAAAUUGCUGGGCCUUCCACCUCAAGGGAGCAGGAGAGAUACAGAAAGGGAGUUGCUCAGGCUUAUGAAACGGAACGGCCCUGCAGCUCUACCUAAACUUUUUGCUGAACUUAGUCGGGGAACCUCGGUCAAAGGCAGGGCUAGAGCCGAUGUCGAGGCUUUCCUUUCUGACCUAAGGGACCGAGAUACUUCGAGGAACUUGGGCAUUCUCUCCCUGGAGCGGGAUGACUACGACCGGCAGGGCUCGCUUGCCCGCCAGAGUCGCGUGCAUUCCCUACUCUUGGCGAGGGAGGUGGCAGGCCACCGUAGCUAUGGCUCUAUGAGACGCCUAGAGCAUUUCACUAACGAGUUCAAGAUUUGCAGAGAGGAUGGCCUGGAACUACGUGCUGAAUGGACCAAUUGUGCUGGAGAUAUUGCCACGAUCACCUGGGUCUCCAACGAUGGCUUCCUCUGCGGCACGACAGAGCACUCGGACUCGCAUAACCAGCAGUACAACAAGCCCGGUAACCUUGUUUUAGGCUCGUGCAGUCGAGGGACAUUGCGAGCAUAUCCCGAUCACCGGAUUGUGCGGCCCGUGGUGCGGAAGGGUGAGAAUUCGACGGACGCAAUGAGACAGAGCCAGGAUCAUUGGCUGUACGCGUCGGUGGUUUCGUCGGAUUACGACCCGGUGCAUGACCGAGCCUUUACUUCCGGCUUUGAUCGCACCGUGAAGAUCUGGAGGGCUGAGAAGUCUGGCGUCUCGAUGGCUCUGCUUGGGACGUGGUUGCAUGAGGGCAACGUCAACUUCGUGGUCACUUCUAAGCACGCGACCGGCAUGGUUGCUACGGCUGCUGAUGUUCCUGCGGCCGCUGUUCGUAUAUAUCACGUAAACGAAGGCGACAUUUCGAACAGCAUAUUCCGCUCAUACUCCUGCUCCCGGGUUGUUGACCUUGACGGAAACGUCGUUCCCACAGAUAAGUGGGCAUAUUUCCCAGCCACCAUUCAGUGGGGCCACUCCCCGGAAGUCAGGCACUUGCUCUUGGUUGGCUAUUCCCCGAGAAGCCUUACCUCGGAUGAUAAUGACAUCCCGGAGGAUAGACGCGAUUCUGGAGAGAUUUGCCUGUGGGACGGCCUGACCGGAGAACGAUGGAGAAUAAUGACAGUAACAACACAGAACGUCUUCGAGGUGCUGUGGCAUCCGUCCCAGCCCAGCUUCAUAGCCGCGACCUCGCCACAGGGGCUGGAGCUCGAGGACCGCGUCCGCACCCAAAUCAGGGUCUUCCGCAUAUCUAACAACUCCGAAUUCGGUGGCAAGGCGUUUACCGCCGUCCAGACCCUCGACUGUACCGCCGUUGACAUUAAUGAACUCACUAUCAGGCCAAACAGCUUUACGUACUGCUAUAUCACGGCAGGGUGCACUGACGGCAAGACAUACCUGUGGGAUACCGCACGGGGAGACAAACCAAUCCAUAUCCUCAGCCACGGUGAUCCUGUGGAAGAGUUCAGCGGCGACAGAGAGAAAGAAGACUCGGGCGUCAAGUUCACCGCCUGGGGAAAUACCCCAGACCGGUUCUACACUGGCUCAUCCGACGGUGUGGUCAAGGUCUGGAAUGUGAGGUCGGGCCGCAAGCCACUCGUUCGCGAUAUACUCGAGGUCCCGGCACCAGUCUCAUAUGGCCAGUUCUCCCCGGAUCGCUCCAAGCUGGUCAUAGGGGACGCAAGUGGACGGGUCUUCCUCCUGUCGAUUGAUGAAGAGGACCAGAAGCCAGCGGCAAUUACGAAUGUGCAACUGCCCGGCACGCAGAUAUCAAAGAACGCACGACGGCCAAAACUCAUCAUUCCCCAUCCGGAGCCCGAGCCACCGGCAGUGGAUGCAGAAGGGAAUCCACUUGAUUCCACGACCGGUCGGGGCAGGGCCCGGGCCUAUCUGGCGAAGGGACAGCUUGUGCUCCAUCGCAACCCAACCGUGGGUGCAAUCCAGGGCCCUAACUACGCCGAAACAGGCUUGUUCCGCAGGGAAGCGCAUAAUAACGAUGAGCCUACCAGGCCUCUCCUGGCGCGUAUCGAUAUACAGCAGCAGGAAUCGGUCAAGAUGUACCCACAGCGGCGGAGGGACAUGUUCAUUCCCAUGCGGGGGCUAAAGGACCCUGCCCAAGCGGAGGGCUUGCAUAUCAAGAAUCUCAGCUCCGACCUAGACAUCGCUAGUCUUCCGGAAGAGACUAGGCUUGAGCUGCAGAUGGCGCGAGUAGAUCUUGAUGACAUCGGAGUGCUGUAUGACUUUGGCUGGGAGGAUACGGUAGCAGAGUCGGAGACAUGAUAUGACGCGUCUUGUGUACUUUUAAUACUACAUGUGGGGAAAUGUUUAUACCUAACACUCUGAUGAUGCCUCUGCCAUCUGAUUUCAGGUGAUUAUCGUAGCUGAUGCAUGUUUAUACCCAAG